GAAACUAUAACUGACCAGUCGGGGGCACUCUGCGACGCACAGCAGUCUGAGGGAUGUGGUAUUCGUGAACAAACCUUCCUUUCUCACCACGUUUCCUUUGCAGCGAUUUCCUGUCUCCUUUCUGUUCCAAAAUGCCACCGAAACAAUCGAAGCCGGGCGAUAAAGCUGGCGCUGCCAAGCCCGAAGCCAAAAAGGCUGAGAAGAAGCCUGCAGCUGCUGCAGGUACAUCUGGUGCUUCUGCCCCCAAGCAGGCCAAACCAGCAGCUGCCAAGCCUGCUGCUAAAGAUGCGAAGGCCAAGCCUGCAGCGAAGCCCGCUGCCAAGCCUGCUGCCAAGGCAGCUGGCAAGGGAGCUGCGAAGCCUGCUGCCAAGGCAGCUGGCAAGGGAGCUGCCAAGCCUGCCGCCAAGGCAGCGGGCAAGGGAGCAGUCAAGAAACCUGUAGCAAAGGGAGCCGCUGCCAAGGGGGCGAAGACUGGAGUCAAGAAGACUGUUGCCAGGCCUGUUAAAGGUGUUGCACCCAAGGCUCAGAAGGGCGUCAAGAGCGUAAAGCCUGGUGCAGUCCAGAGAGCUCUUAAAGUUCAGAAGAAGAUCAUUAAGGGCCCCCAUGGCACCAGAGUUCGGAAAGUGAGGCCUUCCGUGCACUUCCAUCUCCCCAAGACAUUUAGGCCACCAAGGAAUCCCAAAUAUGCCCGUAAAUCAGUGCCACGGAGAAACCGAAUGGACGCCUUCAAUAUAAUCAAGUUCCCCCUGACUACUGAGGCUGCCAUGAAGAAAAUUGAAGAUAACAACACAUUAGUGUUCAUCGUUCAUACCCGGGCUAACAAGCACCACAUCAGGGCUGCCGUCAAGAAGCUGUAUGAUAUUGAUGUUGCCAAGGUUAACACACUCAUCAGGCCCGACGGUAAGAAGAAGGCGUACGUCAGACUCACCAGAGACUUUGAUGCCCUUGAUUCAGCCAACAAGAUUGGUAUCAUCUAAAUGUGUAUUCCUAUCUUGUUAAUUAAACUUCAAAAACCCA